AUGCUUUUAGCUAUGCGGUCGCAACGGGUCGCGUUCGGCUGGCAGCUCGCCCAGGUACAGCGGCUCGUCGAACAGUUAGGCGGUCACCCUUUAGUCAGUACUGAUUUUCCGUCUCUUCCUCUUGCAGUAACUCCGACCGAGAGGAGAAUGAAUGCAGGCGAAGACAGUACCGAACAGGAGGGGCAAGUGUCAGCCACAAGACCAAGGAAGACUGCGCUCGCAAUAUCAGGUCACGGCUCCGGUGAUGGUGAACAAAAGCCUCAGGAGAGACAGCUCGUGUCAUGCUCCACCUGGGCAGCUGUUGCCGGCCGAGAUACUCACACAGAUACAGAGAGACAAGAGGAUAUGCCGGCGACGACGGCAACUCCGGAAGAACUCACGGCCGCAUCUGAUGAAUCAGCAGGGAAGCCCAUCACCGAGCCUCAGCAGCACGCUUGUGGCGGAAUCCUCGGUCGUGCUUCAGGAUGCACAUGCGCCGGAUGCGAAUCCAAGACGUCCGUGGGUGUAUCUUCACCUAAAGGCCGAGACAAAGACGGCAGCAUCGCGGUCUCGGGUCCAGAUUUCGACUUCCAGCUACUGUCUUCGGCACGCUCACGCACCACGGGGUCCAGAGCAGUACAUUCGUGUCAUUCCGACAACAGGUGCACAAAAGUUGAGGACAGAAGCACGGUCUCACUUUGUGCGGAUGCCUUGCCACCACUUUGUCCUCUGAGACUUAUCCAAUACCGUCGUCACUCUGCUUCCAUCCGCAAAGGGUCGGACGAGCUUCAGAGUCUGCAUACGCGGAUUCAGCGCAUUCGAGCUGUCGCAUCAGGCGUUCACUUUGAAGAUGCGUAUGAGGUGCUGGCGAAUGGCAAUCGUACUCAGUCGGAGCCUUCAGAAAGUGGAACUGCUGAAGUUCAAGGAGACAUGGAAAGUCCGUGCAGCAGGGCGUCUACUCUGCGUUCAAUCAAACACGUGAGGCAGUCGCUCAGUGAGGAAAUACCCCUCAGCUUGGCUGGACAAGCCUGGUGCACCGAUUCUGAGGGAACUAAAGCGGAUAGGGGACCGCUGGGAGUGGAUGACCUGGCUGUCUCUAUGAGGCUUGGCAACGGCAGUCCAAAACACCUUGGCUGCGCAGGGAGAGAGUACCCUGGUGGACAGCUAGCUGGCACAUGGGAGCGUGCCCCCCUGUCACCAUCCACUAGGGUGGAAGCGGUAGGAAAAAGUCUGCGGACAAGAGUAACAUACGAGAGUUCAGAGAACGAGGGCGGUAUGCAAACAGCUGGAGAGACCCGGGAGUACUUGCUGAAGCAACAGCGAGAACGUCAGCAAUUACUGCGGGAAGAACUGGAGAAAAGCAGGGGUGAGUUAGCGCGGAUCGAACACCUCCGACACCUUCAGGCCAAGACGCGGUUGCUUAAGCCCGCACGAGAACCGUUGCAAAUUCAGACAACUCUGCAGGUGAAAACUCCGCGAUCUUCAGAUGUUAACGGCAAUAAUGGUCGUGCACGGUCGCAAGGAGGCUGUAGUGCAUCCGCAUCUACCAUGCCUUUGUCGUUGACGCAUUCGCGCCCCAGAUGCCACGGAAAUCAGGACUUGGCCCUACGGGAAGAGUUCAAGGUGACAGAGACGAGCAUAAGUGUUCCCACUGACGAACCUAGCAUUCGUCCUUUAUCUCGCCGCUGCUUGCAUUCGCCUAGCGAGCGCUACCCUCCACUCCCACAGGAUGAUAUUCCAACACCGAGCCACAGCCCGCCUCCUCCUGUAUGCCACCCUAGGACCUGCGCUUUCCAAGACAUGCUUAUGGACUGGCGAUCUUUCGGUAGAGAUGCCGCCGGUGUCUGGAUGAAUGCACGCCUGCACGAUUCAAGGACGGGGUGCGAACAUUGUACUUAUCAACGAAACAAAAGCGGCAUUGCGAAAAACUUGGUGUGCCAGUUAUGUGGUCAAGGAGCUCAGGUGGCAGCUCAUGCCGAUAACUUACUGGUUGAUGGCGCGGCUUGUGAUGUACAUACUUCUGCUUCUGGACAGGGAGGUCACAAAUAUGGGAAAGGACGCUACCGUGGCGAAAGCAGCCAAUCUCCAAGGCACUCCCGGGACCCCGAUCGAAAUCUAGGUUGCGAAGAGGGGCGCUUCAUUGGUCAGUGCUCCCGGGUAAUGACAGGCGUUCCGAGAUCUUGGAUGAUAAGACUUCAUGAUGCAGUUGAGCCGUUUGCCGCUCGGAGAUUAGUCACUCCUCGUGUCUCGAUCACAGCGAAACCGGCGGCUCGAUGGGCAGAAUCAAUUUCUCCCAACAAUGCUGCCAGUUCUGCGUCAUCAACGGCCUCUAGUCGUGAUCAGGCUAGACGGGUUCCACGAAAAGCCUCACGAACACCACAUGUUUCUAGACAACAGCUGGCUGUCCCAGGCACAACUAUGGGACCAACGAAAAAUUUACCCAUCCACGAUACCGCUGCAAGACUGUUCCGGGCAGACGCAGAUACUGUUGCGUCCCUAUUGUGGGCAAAAAGUCUGCGGACGGAUGACGGAUUGCGGGGCACAGGAAGCAGUAGGUCACGACUCAAGGAGUCGACGACUGGUGGAGCGGCGUCUUCCUCUACGAUGCGGCCACCAACAAUUCCUCAGUCCAAGCAGCGUAACUGGAACUCGCCAACACCAUCUGCGCAAGGAUCGCGGCUCAUCGGCUCUCCAGCGACUUUACACAAGCUCCGUUUCCACUCAGCAUGCUCCGCAUUUGAGAAGGCAUUUGCUUCAAACAGUCGCGUAAGAGUGUGCAGUGAUGGCCCCCAUGGUGCACUGCCAGAUCGACCCAAUACCGCCGCCCAGGCGGAAGCGACGGCGGCCCAUGCGUACAAUGUCCGUGACAGUCAUCCCGGCGCCCGGUUGUCGACUGAGGACAUGCCGAUGAAGCCGAUCGAGGUGAAACUAAAAAUCCACGUCCCUCAAGAGAAAGCAUCAUGUCUGCGACCCAUCUGUCCGUUGACGGUCCGAAGACUAGAUCCCGCAACUCACAGAAUGUUUUUUCCAAAGGGCCAGAGGUAUUUGAACACAUUCUCGGCCGAGGUUCCCGACGACCACUCUGUAGCGGCUGUCGUCUCAGAGGGGGACACUCCUGUUGCUGUUAUACGCGUUCGCGUAACGGCUGAUGCCCCCGACAGGCCACUCUAG